AUGGAACGGAGGCCUCUGGAUCUCCCCCAAGAUGGGGACGAAGACUCGCACGUUUCGCUGGAGAAGCGCGAGGCGCCGGAGCCUGAGCGAGUCUUGGAAAGUGCCUCUGCAGAGAGCGGCCGAGAGGACGAGCAGAAGCGACGCCGCGGGGAGGAUUCAGGCUCCCGAGAUUCUUCCACCAAAAGACAAGCAGUCGCGCAGCUCCGUGACGAAGACCGACUCUCCGUCCCUGGACAGUUAAAACGCGUCCGCAGCGAAGGGUGCGUCCUCAAGCGGCAGCAACUCAUAUGCAGCAGUACCCUUCCAAUUACCACCUGCUACCAUCUCGGCGAAGUGAUUGGGGUUGGAACAUGGUGCCAAGUCCAAACCGCUGUGGAGCGCUUCUCCGGUUUGGAGCGCGUCGUCAAGCGCGUCUGCAAGGAUGAAAACCAUGCCGAGCUGCCCCAGGUCCGAAAGGAAAUUGCACUUUGUCGGCAACUGGACCAUCCCAACAUCGCCCGACUCUUUGAAACGUUCGAGGACCACAAAUACAUCUACUUGGUGCUGGAGUACUGCCGCGGGGGCGACCUCCUCUCGUGGCUCCAUGCGCGCCAGGACGCGCGUUUCGCGCGGACGCGCCAACGGGCCGGGCAGCAGCCAGACGACGAGGCUCGCCCAGCCGGACCAAGAGACGGUGGAGGCAGAGAUAGUGGAGACAGAGACAGGGGAGACAGAUGUCGCGGUGACCGAGACAAUGGAGACGGAGAGGAGAGGCAUGAAGGUGUGGCGAUAGGCGCAGGACGUGAGAAGGAGGGACGGAGCGGCGGCGCUGGCAAAGACGGCCAGGAGGAGGAGCGGGGAAAUCUCGAUUCUCUCGUGGACGACAGACCAAUCUGCUCAGAGCUGCAAGCAGCUCGCUUCAUGACUCAGCUUCUGUCAGCUCUGUCUUACCUCCACCGUAAGGGCAUUGCUCAUCGGGACCUAAAACUGGAAAACAUUCUCCUCGUGCAUCCCUUCAAGAGUAGAGACGAAGGCGAGGACUUGGCCCAGGAGACCCGUGCGCACCCCGGAGAAAGAUCAACCGCAAGGGAGGCUAAGUCUUCCCUGAAACUGGCGGAGUCCGUUCUCCAGUCGCCUCCGUCCACCUCUCCUUUCGGUCUGUCGUAUGGCUCAUCUACACGCGUCUACUCUUCCCCUGCAGAAGAGGGCGUAGCGCCCGCUCCGGCAGAUGUACUGGAAAGGGAAGGGGAAACACACAGCCGACUGUCGUCUUCCCUCCCUUCCUCAGAGACAGCUCCGGGCCUCGGAGUGGACGAGCGCCAGUUGCCUGAGGCCUCUGCUGACCUUCCGGCGUGUCUCCUCUCGUCUCUCAUGCCUGAGACAAAGUUCUCAGACAGCAUCAUUCUUGCCGACUUUGGACUCGCUCGACGAUUCUCGCCUGGAGGCGCCGCUCGGGGCGAGCGGGCGACGAGAAGGCGGUUCCUGCGGGCGGCGUCGAGCGGUGGACUCUCCGGAGGCGUGAUGUCCACGCGUGUAGGGACGCUGUACUACUUGUCUCCUUUUCUGCUCAAGGGAUUGCCCUACGACGAAGUCCAAUCGGAUAUGUGGGCUGCCGGCGUCAUUCUCUACAUGCUCAUUUCUGGCGCACCCCCUUUUGAGGGGAACUCCGAGGCAGAAGUCUCUUCCAAGAUUUUGACGACACACAUUGCGUUCAAAGAGCCCUGCUGGCGCCACGUCUCGGAAGAGUGCAAAGACUUGAUCCGUCGACUGCUCCACAACCCGUUUCUCUGCAACUGUUCUCACGGCUCCACACAACUGUGUCCGUCUCUCGUUCGGCCACUCUCUGCCGAGUUCCUUUCCGCCGCGAGCCGUUCUGCGGCCUCGCCGCCCAGUCAAAGACCUUCACCGCGGAGUGCGGCGACGGACUCGAAGCAGCCGGAGUCUGCGGUCACGUGCGACUCCAGCGAGGGUGACGGUGCGACCGAAAAAGGCGAGAGGACGCCAGGCAAAAAAGGCUGGGAGCCGGGCGUCCUCCGCCGCAUGGACGCGGCCACCACGCUCACCCAUCCCUGGUUCGUCGCUGUUCAGAGAGAGCUUUGGGCGAAAGCUUCCAGUUCGACUCUGUCGAUGCCUCGGUCGUCGUCGAGCCCGGCAUUUCACCGGGGGCUUCACGGCGUUCACGGGGAGCGAGGCUCGGUCGCCAGGAAUUUCUCAUGUAGCAGUUGGCACGUCGCCCCUCCGGGCACGAAAAAACGCGCGGAGGCAGUUCGUCCGUUUGCGUCUCUCUCACCCUCGAUCUCAUCUGGGUCUCUCUGUUCCUCAACCUCGCUCUCACCCUCGCCGUCCUCUGCCUCACUUGCCUCCUCUGUUUUCCCCGUCCCUCUGUCGCCCUCGCCGUCUUCGGCGUCGCUGGCGGGCUCCGCCUGCGGCGCCUGGGACUGCCUGGACGCGCCGCGGCUCUGCGUGCCGGGCGGCCGCCGCGAAACAAGCCCCUCGGCGUAUAUUCGGGGAGCCUCGCCGAGCAACCCCCGCCUUCUGCCGCACUUGCCCAAGUCGGUGAGCUCGCCAAGCAUGCUCAGUGCCGCCUUUAGAAGCUCCAAAGCGACGGACGACGAGGGGCGCCGCGGCCAGCCUGGCGCCAUCAGUGUUUCGCGGGCACUCGAGAAGCGUGCCGGGCAGAUCGCGAGGCUCCAGAGCACGGAGUCGGGAGACCGAGGAGACAGGAGAGCGGGGAGCACCGAACGCGGCGACGCCGGUCUCAAGACAGGGUCCUCGCCUCAGGCCAGCCGGAUUUCUCCCCCUCGAGAAGUCACUCGAGACCCGUGCAGCACCGUCGCCUCGUCGACCUCGCCCUCUGUACCUUCUGCUUGCGUGGAAGGCUUUCUUUCACGCACCUCGUCGCCUCAAGAAACGUCAGCUGUUCUCCUCCAGCCGGCUUCUGCCUCUCCACGGAUUCCACCGUCUUCUCCUUUACAUCCUUCGCGUCCCCGUUGGGGAGCUGAGGUGCCUGGAUGCUUGCUGCGGGCUUCGCUGAUUUGGGCGGUUCCUCCCGACCCAGACCAAGCAGCCAUCUUCCACUGUCGAUUUCUGCUGCUGCUUGGCGCCACCUCUUGGCGGCGCUUUGCCGGCCUAGGCCCGCUGCAGCGCGCCUUGCGAACGGUCGUCGCCCGCGAGAUGGAAGACGAGCUCGAAGUGCGCGUUCUUCGGGAGGUCUUCUCUGUCCUCGACAGAGGACACCGCGGAGUUCUCGCUCCGGACGACAUCGUUUGGGGCUUGAACGUCGCGAGGGAACUUGUGACAUCCGAGUGCGAGAGUUGCCUCGUCAAAGUGUGUGGAGAGGAGGAGGCUCCCCUGGAAGUGCACCAGUUCUUGCCUCUCUUGUCUCGUUCCUCCGCCUCGCCUGACAUGCGUGCUGCGUCGCCUUUGAGAAACGCCUUUGAGAGCGACGCAUCGAGCGUCGCGAAACGAGCAGAGCACUGCAGUGCUUCGCCCUCGAGCUUCGAAGCAGCGGACGCGAGCGAGUGGAACGAAGGGUGUGCAGAGAACGACGAGGGCGCGAACGAAGGAGAAGAAAGGGGAGGAAGAGAGGGCUGGCGCGGAGGCGAUGUGGGGAGAGAAGACCUUUUGGGCCUCGCGGAGUGUCCACUGGGGAAUGUGGCUUUGCCGCCGAGUCUGCGGUCUCUGCUCCACCUGGCUGCGUUGACGAGCUCCUGCGCAGGGCCUCCCGUCGGCUACAUUUUGCCUUAUUUGCUCAACCUGCACGCGUUUCUUGUCGUCGAGCCUCCCCCCUUCCUCGCCUUUCUCUCGUCCUUCUCCUGGCCACAGUGGGCCCAGGCGGAACUUUGUGACGGCGAUGCUGGAGCUGUGCAGAGACAGGAGAAAGAGGGAGAGCGCGGAGGAUGGGGGGCGAGUGGAAACAGCAAGAAACUGAGGCGCGAGGGCGAGGCAGACAGCUGGACUAUCCACGACGUAGUGGCACGCAUGGACACAGACGGAAGCGGAAACAUCGAAUUUGUCGAGUUCGUCGCCGCCUCACUUGCCGAUGCUGACCUUGCGGGACGCGAAUCGCUCGGCAGAGCAGCCUUUCGUUACUUUGAUCGUAGUUUUGACGGCUUGGUGAGCUACCGGGACCUGCUGAGACUUCUGUCUCUUCAGCCUGCCUCGUCUCUUUCUGCUUCGUUUCCUCUUUCCCCGGGCUUCGCUUCGAGUCUGUCUCACGGGAUCAUGUCUUCGUCUGACUCGUCUCCGCAGUCGGGGAACUCUUCCGGAUUUAUGCAUCCCGAGUCAUUGAGGGAGGCGUCAGACGACUCGGGCUCUCCUGACCAGAAAAGAGACCUGUUAGGAGAAGGCGAAGGCGCACCCGAAGGCCUAGGCGCGGACGAAUGCUUCCUCACCGAUCUCGAGCACGUGACACCUGACAACAUGUCGCUUUACCGAGCGGUGUUGAAGCAAAUUCAGGCUGUCGACCGAGACAAAGACGGGUAUAUCACGUACGACGAAUUCCUUCUCCUCAUGUGAUAGAGAGAAUCGCGGAAGAGCCGCAGUGGAACAUAGACACGGCGGACGAAAGGCGCCCGGAGAGCCUCUCAGUACACGUCGAGAAGGUAAUAGAGCAAGAGGGAGUGAGAGGAUGUAGGAAAUGUGGAAGAGAGUCCGGCGGGGAGGUGGAUAUGCCACCUCAAGGCCAGGUCUCAACGGUGAAUGGAGAGGCCGAAUACACUGGCAAUGAAAUUGAACAUUAGUCACCCGUUACUGCCGCAUUUUUUUGAAUAGAAAGGUAUUGUCGAACACGAGAUUUUGCGUCAGGGGAGUGAACGCUGC